ACAAUUUUCAUUGCCGAUCAAAGCAAUGAGCUUCCUCCUCCAUGGCUUCGCAUGAACAACCUUCAAUCUGGAGCUUCAACUCGUGCAUAAAAAAUUUUAAAAAAAAAUUGUUGUUUAUUUUUUUUGAAAUUAUUAUUUGUUUCUACUACUGUCCCAUUUUGUAGGAAUUUUCCAAACCCUUGAAUGCCCCGGAUCGUUGUAGCUUCAAUCGAGCGCGAAUAUCAACGAUUUGUUUCGGAUUGGAAGUUGAGGUAAACCAUCUUUCUGUUUCGAAGCAUGGGUUAAAAGAUCCUUGCUGUAUGUUACUUUGCUUUCUUGGGCUAUGGUAUGGAUGAUGCAUGGACUCUAACCGGAUGGUGAUGCCUAGCAAGUUUGAAUUUACUUCAGGUAGCCCAGAUAGACCAUUACACUCUAGUGGGCAGCGUGGAGCCCACAUGGCCGUUCCACUGGACAGAUCAAGUAGCUUUCGCGAGAAUGGGGAGAAUCCAAAUUUAUCUACUCUUUCAAAUAUGUCAAGAAGUGCUUCUGCUGUAUCACAAGGAGACGUUCUAAAUUUCUUGCAAUGUUUGCAUUUUGGUCGAAAGUUGGUUGCUACUGAUGAAAAGUCUAAUCGCCCGGGGGACUUCAGCAGGCAGUUACAUCUUGCUCUUAGUAUGUCCCCAGACGAUUCUCCAUCUAGUUCUUCAAAAAGUAAAUUGGCAGCAUCCGUGAUGCCAGAAGAAAUCAAGCGAAUGAAGGGUAGUCUACGUGAGUGCUCUAUCAAAGCCAGGAAACGAUUAAAAAUUUUCAACGAGGCCUUAUCUGUAUUUAACAAGUUUUUCCCGAGUGUACCAUCAAAGAAGAGGUCACGUUUAGAAGUUUAUAAUAAUGAGCGAUCCAAUUUCAUUUUAUCUGGUGAGCGGUCAGCUAGGGGGCAAGUAGGUAAGUUUGGAAAUCAGAGUCAUGCAGUCACUGGUGUUUUUGAACAUGAGAUGCAGAAACCUGAAGAACGAAUAAAAAAUGCUAUGCCGAAUAAACGCACAAGAACUUCAUUGGUGGAUGCAAGGGGGAUGGAUGUUCGUGGUAAUGCUCCUGCGAGACAAUCUGGAGCUGAAGAUAGGGAAAGAGAUGCACUAAGGCUUGCAAAUAGUGGUGCUGUUCAAGGUGAAGAUAGGAGUUUAUCAAUUGGCGUUGAUGGUUGGGAGAAGUCAAAAAUGAAGAAAAAACGAUCUGGAAUAAAGGCAGAUGUCUCUUCGAGCUGUCAAUCGACCAAACCAGCAGAUAGCUAUGAUGAAGUUAAGCAACAAUUGCAGCAAAGACCUGUUUCUGAUGCUCGAUCGCGAAUAAACAAAGAUAACUUUGGGUUUAGGCCAGGGGCUGCUAAUGGAGCUUCUGGUGUUGGAAAAUCUGAUGGUGUUGCCCAACAAAUUGGCUUGGGUAUUCGUUCUUCCAUGUCCAGGACUGAUUUGGAUGCCAGUUCCCUCGUCAAUGACAGAAGAGAUAAUUCUAUUGGUUCAGACAAAGAAAGAGUCAACGUCCGGGGUGUUAAUAAGUCAAACGUCCGUGACGACUUCAUUUCAACCAGUCCUACAAUAAAUGCUAAAGUGAAUCCAUCUGUUCGUGCUCCACGGUCUGGUUCAGGAAUUGCUCCAAAAUUUUCCCCGGUUGUUCACAGAGCAGUUGCUUCUAAUGAUUGGGAUAUGUCAAAUAGCGCAAAUAAGCCUACUGCUGCUGUGGGUGUGAGCAAUCGCAAACGCAUGACAUCAAUGCGGUCCUCAUCUCCUCCAGUUUCCCAAUGGGCAAGCCAGAGGCAGAAGAUCUCCCGUGUUGCAAGAAGGACCAAUCUUGUUCCUAUUGUUUCAAGCAAUGAUGAUACUCCUCCUUUGGAUAACGCAUCUGAUGUUGGGGGUAAUGAUAGUGGCUUGGGAUUUGGUAGACGCAUGUCUGGCAGUUCUCCACAGCAAGUGAAAAUAAAAGGUGAACCAUUAUCCUCGGCUGCCUUAUCUGAAAGUGAGGAAUCUGGGGCUGCCGAGAUCAAAUCGAGAGAGAGGAUCCGAAAAUCGGAUGAUUUAGAUGAUAAAUCUGAACAAGGUGGUAAAAAGGUAUCUUCUUUAGUUCUGCCAACCAGGAAGAAUAAAUUGGUUGAUGAAGACGUUGGAGAUGGGGUUCGAAGACAAGGGAGGAAUGGGCGUGCUUUUACUUCCACUAGGUCUCCCGUGCCAAUGACAGUUGAGAAGAUCGACAAUGUAGGAACUGCAAAACAGCUUAGAAGUGCCAGACUCGGAUAUGAUAAAGUUGAAAGCAAGGCAGGUCGUCCACCUACUAGGAAAUUUACUGACCGCAAAGCAUAUAAACGUCAAAAGCCCAAUGUGGCGACAGAUUUUCUUGCUGGAUCAGAUUAUGGGCAUGAAGAGCUAUUGGCUGCUGCUAAUGCUGUAAAAAAUCCUGGUCGCACAUUUUUCAACCCAUUUUGGAGACAGAUGGAGCAAUUCUUUCGUUUUAUAUCUGAAGCAGAUAUUACUCACCUAAGAAAACAAUUUCUCUUUCAGGGAGAUCUCGAAGGUACUGCAUUGGGGCGAAAAGUUGUUUCAGACAGGGACAGUUACAAUAUCAGUCGUGAUAAUUUUGAGCACGUUGACAAUGAUGCAAGAGGAAAAGUUCCUUUAGAACAUAUAAUUCACGAGUUAAAAGAUCAUACUGUAAUUCCUUUAUACCAGAGACUCUUAGCCUCAUUAAUUCCAGAGGAGGUUGCUGACAACGAAAGUGAAGAGACCAAGUUCGAUAGUUACGGAAUGCCCGAGUUAGAUGAAGAUUUUAAACCAAACAAAUUGAGUCACCAAAUUUCACCUAGUUCUCAGUUUUCUGGGCAUUCUGCUAAUGAUGAUUAUAACAUGAGAAGGGGACCAGGAUCAGAUCAAUACAUGCCUGAAACAGAUAGACAGGGCAUCCCAAACUCUGUGAUGAUAUUGAACUUAUCUAAUUCCAUGAACGGCUCGAUCUCUAAUCAAGCUUUUAUGCCUGGAACAGCCUGUUCAGAGUUUCAGUAUGAUGGCAUGCAGUUGAGUGAGAAACUUCUGUUGGAGAUUCAAAGUAUUGGCAUUUUUCCAGAUUCAGUGCCUGAAAUGUUACAGAUAGAGGAGGAAGAGGUCAUCAAUAACAUCCAUCUGUUGGAAGAGAAGAAGAAUGAGCUGGUUUCAAGAAAGAACUCUUUGCUUCACAAACUGCUCCAGUCUGUCUUGGCCUCAAAGCAGCUUCAAGAAAAAGAGUUCGAAAGGCUUGCCAUGGAUAAACUUGUUGCAAUGGCUUACGAGAAGUAUAUGGCUUGCAAAGUUUCUAAUGCCUCUAGUGGAAAGAGUUCCAGUAACAAAAUGGCGAAGCAAGCUGCCUUGGCAUUUGUUAAAAGAACAUUGAACCGAUGUCAUAAAUUUGAGGACACAGGAAAGAGCUUCUUCAGUGAGCCUUCAUUUCGAGAGAUAUAUUCUUCCUGGUCUGUCAAUCCCAAUGGUGAAAGACAGACAGAUCCUGUGGAGGGUGAAUCGUAUGCCUCCAUUCAAUCUCUGGAUGGCAGAGUCUCAGCUUUUGCAGGUUCACAGCAUAGCCCUUCACACUUCAGUCAGAAUGCGGAAAACCACGAUAUUACAUCUGGCAAUGUGCUUCCACCUGCUAAUCACCAAGCUGAGCGAACUAGUGGAAGAGAAGAAAUAUGGUCAAACAGGGUAAAAAAGAGAGAACUCUUGCUUGAUGAUGUCGGUAAUGCAGGUGCCCCAUCAGUCAUUGGGAGUUCUAUUUCAAGCAGUGCAAAAGGAAAGCGGAGUGAAAGGGAUAGAGAUGGUAAAGGGCAUAACAGAGAGGUGUCAUCUAGAAAUGGAAUUAAAAUUGGUAGGCCAGCACUAUCCAAUGCUAAAGAGGAAAGGAAAACUAAGACAAAGCCGAAGCAGAAAACUGCCCAAUUAUCAAUUUCUGUUAAUGGCCUUCUGGGGAAGAUGUCAGAGCAACCAAAACCAUCAUUGUCUCCUGUAUUAAAAUCAAGUACUUUGACUGGUGGUUCAAAAGAAAAGGAUCAAUUUGGCUUUGAUGGACUCGAUGACCCCGAGUCCUUAUAUUUAUCUAAUCUUCAAUUACCGGGAAUGGACGUAUUAGGUGUUCCUGAUGAUCAUGAUGGUCAGGCUCAGGAUCUGGGUUCAUGGUUAAAUAUUGAUGAUGAUGGUUUACAAGACCAAGAUGACUUCAUGGGCCUUGAGAUUCCAAUGGAUGACCUCUCAGAAUUAAAUAUGAUGGUUUGAAGUUGCCUUCCUUGUAUAGUCUUCAAAUCUUGUUGAUUAAUACCUUACAAACUAAAGGGUGACAGGUAGUUGCAUAGUUAUUGGCUACCGAUCCAAAUUAGGUUAUUAGAUUCUUUUGAGGCUCCUCUUCAAGUUAUAUUUCAAGUAAAUCUUUCGGAUGUUUCGAGUUUUGAUCCUGUAUUUAGUUGGUGACUUCGACUGUAAAGAUAGUCUUGUUCAACCUACAAGUUAGUAUAGUCAUAGUGAUAUGCAGGGUACACAGUAUCCUUCAUGUAGCUUUUUGAUCAGAGAAUGAUACCUCUUGUACAUAAACUUUAUAUUUGAAAUAAAUCUGCAUCUUAUUCUGCAAGGAUCUG